CUAGGGCUGUUACUGAAUUUGGAUCUUGCCAUGAAGUGGUAAACCACUCUGUUGGGUUUGUUAAUGCUCAAGGAGCACAUACUAACCAAAUUGAAAACCCGUGGUCACAUCUUAAGCAUGUCUAUCGAAAACGUGGCGGUAUUAAUAAAAAGAGAAUUGAUUUUUUUAAAUGA